UAUUCAUUGAUCAUGCUGUAAGCCUACAUGGGUAGUGUUUCACCCAGUAUGACAGUUUGCCCUUUCAUCAAUCAUCGUGGUCUGCUGCACACGAUGCAUGGACGCGUUUCCUUUGUUUUGCAUUGCUUGCUGUAUGCACGCUUUCAGUCUUAUCAUGCUAUCGUUAGUUCCGGUAUAGUGCGUUGUUGCGAGUCUUGAGUGCUGUGCGUAGAAGUCGUACCACCGCACUCAGUAUCGCUCUAGCCCGAUAAUCCAUAUGCAUCUGAGUUGGCUGUACUCAGUUGCCUUUUGGGAACUCUUUGCCAUGAGUUCAUCAGUAGUUCUUAUGUUGUCGUUUUGCUCUCAACUUGUUUUCUCUCUCUCUCUCUGAAAUGUUCUUCCCUGAAUAACAACUAAUUACUUUCGUACUGCCUGUUGGUCGAGUUGGCGUGCAUGCCUGCGUGACUGAAGUUCCAUAACAUCUGGUACCGAAACCCGCUGAUACCUGGUGCGACUGUGUUGUCGCUUGGUGGUGGGCCUUGAUUUGGAAAUAAUGUCGCUGAAACUCGAUGGAUUCCUGCGGACGUUCCGCGGAAAAGGAGAUGACCUGGAGACGUUUUGGUCGAAGUUCCGUGUCCUGGCGGAUAUCCAAAAGUGGGACACGGAGGAAAAACGGAUGCAGCACCUGCCCCUGGUCCUAGAUGGCCAGGCGUUCAAAGUCUUCAUGUCCAUGGCGGAGGCGGACAGGAAAAAGGAGGCAACCGUGAAAGCGCUACUUGAAAAGGCCUUCGCGCCUGCACCUGCUGAUUCUUAUCAGCAGUUCCUGUCCCGUCGCCUACGCCCUGAUGAGGCUGUGGACGGCUACGUUGCUGACCUGAAGCACCACUUGAGCUUAGCUGGCCACAAGAUUACAGACGACAAGGACCCGGUCCUUUUGGAGCAGGUGAUUUGCGGCUUGCCACCGACGUUCGCGCGAGACAUUCGUUUGCAGGGUGCUGGACAGGCCCUCUCCGUCAGUGACGUGACAGAGAAGGUUCGCGCUUUGCAACUGGUUGAAAGCGCUGCAUCAUCGCAUGCCAUUGGCGCUGCUGCCACCGAACCAGCGAAGUCUUUGUAUUGUUACACGUGCGGGAAAACUGGGCAUGUCAAGAAGACCUGCCGCGCUGGGAACCGGGAACCCCCCACGCAGAGCUCGUCAGCAGGCCCAUCUUCCUCAAAGAGCAGCCGAGUUCGUUGCCAUCAUUGUCACGAGCUAGGCCACAUCCGGAGAGACUGCCCGACCAGGAGAACACGGGGCACUGCGUCUGCUGGUGUCUCUGACCAGCCAGGAGGAAAAACCGAUUGCUGUUUGGCCCUGACUACAUCAUCGUCUUCCCUUAUCCGAGUGUACGUCGAUGCCUGCCGCGAAAAGCACGACGAGUGGACUCGCCUGAGUUCUGUGGUGGACACUGGUUGCACGCGCUCUCUCAUCAGCCGUGCCGCACUCCAGAAGUGCAAUGGCUUGCGUUACAUGGAACAGUGUCCGGACAACAUGCUCGCCCUCAACGGUGAAUCGCUGAAGAUACUGGGUAGCGUCCUGCUGAACCUCCGUCGACUCGACGGACCUGUGCACUUGGACCUACUGACUGCCGUAUCUGUGCUGGUUGUCCCAGACUUGAGUGUCCUGAACACCGACAUGGUCGUCGGCAACGAUGUAGUGACCCGCGCUGGAGGUAUGCACCUGCAAUACGCUGACGGCUGUCUGUUGUCCGUCUCAUUUGGCUGUGCCGCUGUGCCUGCUGCUGUUAGUGCUGCCGCUGAUGUGCUACCUAAGCCAGCUGACAGUACUGCUCGCACCUCCAAGCUGUCCCGCCACGUCACGGUCAACCACUCUGGUGACGAUGUCACACUAAGUGUUGAUGAUGGUGAGGUGCACUGGAAUGCAGCCGCCGGCUACUGGAGCAUGAAGUGGCACUGGAGGGACGACAUGCCACCUGCUGAACCGAUUGGGUCAGGGAUUGGCGAAUAUCCCCGCGCCAAACUCACCGCCGAUCAGGAGCUGCAGUUCAAUGCUGAAGUAGAUGCCUGGAUCCAGCAAGGCUGGCUGGUACCACACGAUGCGGAUGUUCACGGACCACCGGGCGCCAUCCUCCCAUUGAUUGCGAAGUGCCAAGAGCACAAGGCCUCAACACCGGUUCGCCCUGUACUGGACUACCGUGGGCUGAACCAGCUCAUCCGCAACCACCCUGGGUGCAACACCCCUGUGUGCGGUGAGAAGCUGCGCAGCUGGCGACAGGCUGGUGACAAUUUUCACAUCCUGGAUAUACGGAAGGCGUACCUGCAGGUCCGUCUUGAUCCGUCGCUGGCGAGGUUCCAGACCGUCAUUUACAAGGGUAAGCCGUACGUCAUGAUGCGCAUGGGCUUCGGCCUUGGGAUUGCGCCAAAGCUGAUGAGCCUGAUCGUACAGUACGUCACUGGCCCCUACCCUACUGUAGACAGCUAUGUUGACGACUUGUUUGUGCCUGAUGAUCUCGUCACCACGGUGGAAGACGAGAUGGUGAAGUUUGGCCUACCCACCAAACCUGCUGAAUGCUUGCGAUCAGCCCGCGUCCUUGGUCUCCAGCUUCACAGCUCGAACGACGUCCUGCAGUGGCGACGACGCACAGAUGUCGACCUCUGCUGCCCAGCGAGCCCAAUGAAGCGCGAUGUGUUCCGCUGGUGUGGUCGCCUGCUUGGUCACAAUCCUGUGUGCUCCUGGCUCAGGCCAUACACUAGCUACCUGAAGAGAUUGGCUGACUCGCUCACUCCUGGAGGCUGGGACGCCAAGGUACCACCAGAAGUAGUAAGCCUCUGCCAAGAGCUGUCUGGUCGCGUUGAAGGAGAAUAUCCGGUACACGGUGCCUGGUCCGCUCCACCUGCCGCACAAUGGUCAGUAUGGUGCGACGCAUCCAACAUUGCCACCGGAAUUGUGGUGCAAUGCGGUGCAGAUGUUAUUGAGGAUGCGUGCUGGCUGCAUCCGAAGGAUGAUCGUACGCACAUCAAUGUCGCCGAACUUGAUUCGGUGAUGAGUGGCCUUCAGCGUGCCACCGCCUACGGCCUCACGAGUGUGCGCCUCCUGACCGACUCCAAGACCGUACAUGGUUGGCUGUAUAACCUGCUGCAUGACAUCCGCCAUGUCAAGACCAGCGGUCUGUACGAUGUGCUCGUCCAACGCCGCUUGCAAGCUAUCGACGAGCUUGUCCGCCUCACCGGCCUGUCUGCCGUGGUCGAAUGGGUGCCCUCUGAACGCAACUUGGCUGAUCGGCUGACAAGAGUACCCACUCCAUGGUUGAAGCUCUGCCGUGCCAAGUCUGACAUGUGUGCUGUCGCUGGUGAUACCACUAAUCCCGCCGUGGCCCCGCCCAUGGCUGUUGCCACCAUCCGCGCAGCGCAGCAGAAUGACGGCAGCAACUGGUCUCGGGAUCACCCUGCUCGGUGUGCUCGACUGCGCGACCUCGUGGAAUCCGAGUUAUCCGACGCUGAUCGCAUCCAAGAGGAGACUGUGCCUGUCUAUCACACUGGUGAUCACGUUCUUCUCCGCCGUCCUGACCGUCACCAGAAGCGUCUACCGAUGUAUGAACCUGGUUGGCAAGUCAUUCGUGUUCUGUCCCCCUCGACUGUGGUGAUUCGACGGUGUGAACCUGUACGUGGUCGCAAUGCUGAGAAAGUAGUGAACGUCGACCUGAUCAAGCUCGACCCUCACCCCGUUGCCGCAGAUGCAGAUGUUGACUCUGCUGAUGAUCGUGAUGACAUCCCUGCUAUCAUCCAAAUCGACAUGGAUCCGCAGCUUGACCAAGCCUACGGACUUCGUCGACGGGCUGCAAUCCGUCCUCCUCAGCGGUUCCGUGACUAAUGUCAUCAAGGGGAGAGGUGUAAUGUAUAUAUAACUGAACCUAUCUAUCUGUCUAUUGCUUCACUAUUCAUUGAUCAUGCUGUAAGCCUACAUGGGUAGUGUUUCACCCAGUAUGACAGUUUGCCCUUUCAUCAAUCAUCGUGGUCUGCUGCACACGAUGCAUGGACGCGUUUCCUUUGUUUUGCAUUGCUUGCUGUAUGCACGCUUUCAGUCUUAUCAUGCUAUCGUUAGUUCCGGUAUAGUGCGUUGUUGCGAGUCUUGAGUGCUGUGCGUAGAAGUCGUACCACCGCACUCAGUAUCGCUCUAGCCCGAUAAUCCAUAUGCAUCUGAGUUGGCUGUACUCAGUUGCCUUUUGGGAACUCUUUGCCAUGAGUUCAUCAGUAGUUCUUAUGUUGUCGUUUUGCUCUCAACUUGUUUUCUCUCUCUCUCUCUGAAAUGUUCUUCCCUGAAUAACAACUAAUUACUUUCGUACUGCCUGUUGGUCGAGUUGGCGUGCAUGCCUGCGUGACUGAAGUUCCAU